GUCAGACUGUCUCGCUCUCUGUCUCUUGUUAAGACUGGUGAGCUAGGGAGCAUGGUUCCUCCAUGGUGGACUCUGGUAGCUGUCUUACUUUCUCUUAUCUCAGUUCUAGGCCCAGUUGGUUCUGUUUCAACCUCUGAUACCCAUCAAAAUGUGUGUAAGACCUUCGGCAGUGGAGUCGUCCAGAUGUUCAACGGAACUGUAUUCUACGUCCGCUCCACCUGUCCGUUCACGCUGACACGUUUUACUCACAACCGGGUGGACUGUGACAUCACCAUGCGUCGAGGUGAAAACGGCCUGCUGGAAUAUAUCGAGAUCAACGUCAACAAGAUCCAGACCCGGAUUCUGUACAAUGGAACCAUCUUCGUCGAGCAGAGAAUGGUGUCCCUUCCCUACGAUCACACCUAUCAACAUGUGUUCCAGUACGGUAUCAACACCAAGCUGAGGAGUACUGUUCUACCUCUGUCUGUCAUCUGGAGCAGUGUGGGCGUGGGCAUCGACUCUCUCUGGGUGAAACUGGAGCAGGAGCUAGUCCUUGGAAUGACUGGACUCUGUGGACGACCAGAUAUACCAGAUGACCGUCAGCGAUUGAUUGCAGAGAGUGUUCUUUCAGAGGACGGGUGCCAGACCAUGGACUCCCUUCGCACUAAAAGCACGGUCUGUCAGAAGUUCGUCUCCAACUACAUUGAAUGUCUGCAGGCUAACACAAGCAAAUACAUAACUCUUUGUAAAGAGAAUAUUUACGGAUAUGAAAAAGAGCAUUAUGUAGGAUGUGCGUUCUACAAAGAAAUUGCCCAUCGGUGUCAGACCAGCUACGCUUGGAGGACCUUGACACACUGCCCUGAGUUCAGUUGCCCAGGAGAACUACACUUUGAGGAGCAGGGUGAUGCGUUUGUUCCCACCUGUUCCAACCCAGCACCUAGAACUAAUGAUCAGGACAUCACCAGCACCUGUGUCUGCCCCCAAGGUGAGGUAUUGAACGAUCGAGCGGAGGGCCAUGACUGUGUAAGUGUGUCAGCCUGCCCAUGUGUGUACGCCGGGAGGAACUAUGCACCUAGGGAGGAACGCAGAACAAAAUGCCAGACCUGUGUGUGCAACAAUGGCAAGUGGAUAUGCUCUCAGAACAGCUGCCCUAGUAGGUGUGUGAUUGAAGGGCAGUUUGUGACCACGUUCGAUGGGAAACAGUAUGCCCUUCCCGGUAAAUGCACAUACAUGGCCUCUAAGGGUUUUAAUUGGACGAUAUCCAUACAUUUUUCUGAGACUACGUCCUCCAUCCAAAACGUGUUUCUUCAGAUUUACCAGAAUACCUACAGAUUCUCUCACAACAGUGUACAGUUUGAGAAAGAGGAAAUUCGAGAGCUACAUCAGUCAGACAAUGCCAUGGUGUUCUGGCAGUCAUCCAUGUAUGUUCAGGUAUUGACAUCCUCUGGCAUGAAGAUCCAAGUACAGAUGUCUCCAGACCUCCAGCUCUAUAUCACACUACCACAGAGUGAAGUAGGGAUGCCAGAAGGACUUUGUGGAAACUACAAUACCGAUACCACUGAUGAUUUCACCACAAGCAGUGGUAUUGUAGAAAAUGCAGCGGAACCGUUUGCGCUGUCCUGGAGUGUAGGGGACUGUCCUGUUAACAUACCUAAAGUCUGCAUCAACACCGACUACGAAAUAUUUGCAGAUGAGAAGUGUCACCCCUUGAGAGACCCCAGUGGGAUUUUCGCCAAGUGCUACGAUCACGUGCCUACUGACAAUUACCACAAGGCUUGUAUCCAGAGAACGUGUACCUGUGGAACUGGGUUGCAGCAGUGUUUGUGUGUGGCCCUGGCAAAUUAUGCCAAAGCCUGUGCCAACCAGGGCAUCACAGUGGGUGACUGGAGAAGGGGCACCAACUGCACGGUAUCGUGUGAGAACAAUCAGAGGUUUGACUACGAAAUGCAGGUGUGCAACAGCACCUGUCUCUCCCUAUCCCGGCCAGACCCCAGGUGUGGGGUGGAGGAUGCACCUGUGGAGGGCUGUGGCUGCCUGGAGGGCACUCAUCUGACCGGGGGGCUCACCUGUACCCCGAAGGCCCAGUGUCCAUGUCACCAUCAGGGAGGAGUCACACCACCAGGACCUGUUAUCAUUGAUGGACGACAGUGCAAAUGUGAGGAUGGACAAUUGCUGUGCUCUGAAGAUUGUGGUUGCACCCAGGGGAAGGUUUGUGUGCAUUGCUCACAAUUUUCAAUAGACACAGCUCAAAAAACAUGUGCCAGUCUGAGCAAACCAACAAGUGCUGUUCAGAGUUGUACAAGUGGCUGUUACUGUCCAGGGGGCCAGUUGGAAGACCAUAGGGGUGUGUGUGUCACUGUGGACAACUGCACCUGUCAGUACAGCGGCAGAGUGUUCAAAGCGGGACAGAGUGUCAAGACCAACUGUAGAACAUGCACCUGCCACCAUGCCCAGUGGAGCUGUGUAGAUGAACCAUGCCCUGGUACAUGCCUGGUGUAUGGAAACGGACACUAUCAAACCUUCGACUCUAAAUGGUACCGCUACGAUGGGAAUUGUCAGUACACAUUAGUGGAGGAUGGCUGUGGUAGUGAAGCUGGGUCGUUUUCUGUCAAAGUGGAGAGUGUCCCGUGCUGUGACGAGGCUCUGACCUGUUCCCGGACCAUCGUGUUAGACCUGCUGGGUAAUGUCACUCUGACUCUGAAUGAAAUGAAGGUGAUGAGACGGCUCCAAGGGGGAUGGGCUUCUCUGGAGGCGGAGCCUCUGUACUCCACCCACACUGUGGGCCUCUACAUCAUGAUCUCAGUGCCUUCUAGAGGACUAACCCUCAUCUGGGACAAACACACCAGACUUACCGUCAUACUGGACGACCGUUGGAGGAACCGAGUGUGUGGACUUUGCGGGAACUUCGAUUCCAACGAGAUGAACGACCUGCAGAUAAGCGGGUCAUCGGUGGUGUCCAGCCCCCUCGCCUUUGGCAACAGCUGGAAGACGGCCACACCCCCCUGCUCUGACGUGACCAAUGAGGUGUUUCCGUGCCAGCGCCACUCCUACUGCUCCGCCUGGGCCGAGAGACGCUGUAUGAUCCUCAGGGGAGACACCUUUAAGGACUGCCACUUGAAGGUGGACCCUGAGCCCUACUACCAGGCCUGUGUGUUGGAGUCGUGCUCCUGUGAGUUUGAGGGGAAGUUCUUGGGUUUCUGUACGGCCGUGGCGGCCUACACUGAGGCCUGCAGUGACCAGGACGUGUGUGUCCGCUGGAGAACGCCAGACAUGUGCCCGGUAUACUGCGACUACUACAAUGAGCAGGGCCACAGUAGCUGGCACUACGAUCCCUGUGGACAGAUCAAGACCUGUGGCAAAAACAACCUCUUCACUGGCCAGCUGGAAGGCUGCUACCCGAGAUGCCCAGCAGAGGCUCCAUACUAUGAUGAGAACACAGGGAGAUGCUCCACUUUGGACAACUGCACCUGUUAUUCCAACGAGACUAUUGUUAAACCUGGUACAGUUAUCAGGAAACCCACUGAGAAAUGCACUUGUGAACAGGGACGUAUUAACUGUGGUCCUGAUCAAACCACUACUACAUCUGAACCUACAACCACAGCUACACAAUCAGCUACAAUGAGAACUACACCUGAACCUACAACUAUACUGACUAUGACACCUGAAUAUACAACCACACCUAAACAACCCACUACUACACCUGAAUAUACAACCACACCUAAACAACCCACUACUACACCUGAAUAUACAACCACACCUAAACAACCCACUACUACACCUGAAUAUACAACCACACCUAAACAACCCACUACUCACCUAAACAACCCACUACUACACCUGAAUAUACAACCACACCUAAACAACCCACUACUACACCUGAAUCUACAACCACACCUACACAAACCCACUACUACACCUGAAUAUACAACCACACCUAAACAACCCACUACUACACCUGAAUCUACAACCACACCUAAACAACCCACUACUACAUCUGAACCUACAACCACACCUAAACAACCCACUACUACACAUGCAUAUACACUAUUGAUUACAACACCUCAAUAUACAACCACACCUCAGCAAUCCACUACAACCCCUGAACCUACAACCACACCUAAACAACCAACAACAACAAGAACAACACCUGAAUAUACAACCACACCAUUCCCACCGAUAGUUACAGGACCUACAAAUAUUCAACCUAGUACAACUGGGUUAGUGUUGAGUACUACAGCCGGACAAACCACUACUGCAGAAGCAACUACAGCAUACACUGAAACUACAACUAAAUUAACAUCUACACAACCCACAACUACAUUCUCAUAUUCUACAAACAAAUAUGUUGAACCAACAUCUACAACCAAACCAACUACUUCACAUACUGAAAUGACAACCGAACCAACUAUUUUUACUGAAAUGACAACCAAACCAACUAUUUUUACUGAAAUGACAACCAAACCAACUCCUUUUACUGAAAUGACAACCAAACCAACUAUUUUUACUGAAAUGACAACCAAACCAACUCCUUUUACUGAAACGACAAGCAAACCAACAUCUGAAGGACCAUCAACUGAAGCUACAACCCUGUUCACAAGUCAACCAACAACCUUCUCUACACGUUCUCCCACUACCUCUGAAUCGACAACAUCUACGGGUCCAACAACCAUGUCAACAACAAUAUCUACAGAGUCUACAACACGUACAAUUUGUGAGUGUAGAGACCUGAAGAGGAACCAGAUUUGGGCGUGUGGAGAGAAGUGGACAGAAGACUGCUUUAAUAAGACUUGUAAGGGUGGGAAGAUAGAGAUGACUUCGGUCACCUGUCCAAAUCCAGUUCGCCCCACCAUGUGCCCCAGGGGACAGAUGGUCAGAGUCUCAGACGGAUGCUGUGACUACUGGAAGUGUGAUUGUCGUUGUGACCUCUAUGGAGACCCUCACUACAUCUCCUUCCAGGGUGUGACCUUUGACUUCCUGGAUAAUUGUACAUACAUCCUGGUCAAGGAGAAAACGCUGCGUCACCAUCUGACUGUUGCCGUGGACAACUACUUCUGUAUUCCCGAGUUGGAUGGCUCCUGUGCCAAAGGCAUCAUCCUGCAGUACCAGAACAACACGGCCACUGUCAGCAUCGUACCGGAUGAGUACAGGGUGAAGUCGACUCUGAACCAGAAGAGCGUCGAGCCUCCCUAUGAGGAGAAUGGUAUCAGGUUUGAGACGACCGGCUAUAUGGUAUCUGUGUACAUCCCUGAAAUACGCUCAUAUAUCUCUCUCACACCAUCCAACACUGUGACUGUCACCUUGGCCAUGGAGCAUUUCCUGCAUAACACCCAAGGACAAUGCGGUGUGUGUGGUGGGAGCUCUUGUGUGCGUAGAAGUGGGGAGUCCGAAGCUGACAGCUGCUGUGAUAAGACCGCCUAUGACUGGAUCUAUGAGGACCCCCUGAAGCCUGAGUGUAGCGCUGCUCCCAGGGACGUCCCUUGCAAUCAUACAGGCCCUCCUCCAACCACCAACUGUCCUGGCAGCCCCCUCUGUGACCUUCUCCAUCACCCAGUUUUUGCAGAUUGCAGUAGGCGGUUGGAUCUGAGCCAACUUGAGAGGAACUGUAGGUUUGAUUCGUGUGGGAGGAACGACAUGGCUUGUUCUCCUCUGGAGCAGGCUGUUGAGGAGUGUAAGAAAGCAGGCAUCUGUGUGAACUGGAGAACACUCACCAAUGGGACCUGUGCUGUUGGGUGCCCAACAGGGAUGGUGUACAGAGAGUGCCAAAGUCAAUUGGAUGACUACUGUCACGGAGGAGUCCGUGUUCAAGGGAGAGUACUGGAGGAAGUUGAGGCUGGAUGUUUCUGUCUCAGAGGGCAGUUCAGAGCUGAGGAGCACAAGAAGAUCUGUGUGUCGGAGUGUCCCUACUGCAAGGGUCCACUGGGAGAACACAAGCAGCUUGGGGAGACAUGGCAAUCCAACUGUCAGGUGUGUACGUGUAGCAACCAAACCAAGACAGAGGAGUGUCAACCUAAACCCCCCUCCCCCCCACCUCUCUGCAGUCAGAACUCAGUCCUGGUCACCGGCUGCUGUGGCAAACAGACCUGUGUUGAGAAGACAUGUAACUAUGACGGAAGGACCUACAAAGUGGGAGACAGAUGGACAGACCUUGCCCUGCCCUGUGAGUCCUAUAGCUGUACCAGAGAAGGCACUCAGACAGUGAGAAGGGUGUGUCCCCAUCAGAACUGCUCAGAGGAGGACAGAGUAUGGGACGAACAACAUUGCUGCUACACAUGUAACCAGUCCUGUGCUACCAGGGUUUCUAGUGUGAACAUCACUGUAGACAACUGCACAGCAACACUACAGCUGCCCAUGUGUCAAGGCCAGUGUGGGACAGAGACGAGAUGGGUUGUUGCUCGCAGUAUUCUCCACCUGGAACAGAAGUGUGAGUGUUGCAGAGUGAGGAGUUAUGAGAGGAAGUCAGUGAAUCUGACCUGUACUGGAGGCUCCGUUAUGCCACACCUGUAUGCACAUGUUACCAGCUGCGAGUGCCAUAACUGCAGUAUAUUGCAGUAAACAUUGCCUUGUGUUCUGAACGUAUAUGCACACAAACAAAAAAAUCUAUAUUGAACUGUUAUUAAGAUGGUGAAUAUGUGCCAAAUCAAUGUUUUUUCUAGAUUCUGAUACCUUCUUAUAAUACUGUCUUGGUCGGUGUGUUGAGGGUAUACUGUACGGUACGUGCAGAACAAUGGUUUCCUUAGUGUAAUAGGUUUUUCAGCUAGUGCACAUCGGCCGAAGGCCUUUUUCUAUAUUGCAUGUACUCAUUUCCAGUGCAGGAAGUGGACCAUUGUAUGUAGCAUAUUGUUGAUUGUGAAUGUGUUCCAUAGAUUUUACAUAGGAAAUCUUUUAAUGAUCAACCCAGGAAUUUUAGCACUUUUUAAUAUAAAUGACUGCAGCUCCAAUUUGAAAAUGAUUUUCUUAUUUUAUUGAAAUGUUCAUUUCAAGAACUGUAACCAUUUGAAUUUGUCUGAUUUAUUUUAAAUAAAGUACUGAAGCUUCUA